AUGGAGACAAUCGAGAGUUCAUCGGUGUUGCUAGGUGCGAAUCCCCUGCUUACUCAGGCGUCUAAAACUGAAUCGGUUCAACGGUUUUCGCCUAAUUCGGCUUUUGAGGCCUCUGCAGUAUUCUCCUCUGGCAAACGGCUGAGCACUUCGAGCCCUGACUCAAGUCCCCUGAGUUCUGCUUCCAAUCAGAAGAAGAACCGCCUUGAAGGCGACUUACCUCCGCCGCCUUCUUCUCAAAGCUCCCCGAAGAGGUAUUCAAACCUACCGCCUACAAACAACACCGCCUGCCCACAAAGUCCCACCUAUGAAGGCACAUAUCCGCUUCCCAGCGUCCUCAGAGGGGCAUCGUUACACGAUUUUCCAAAAGUGCCAGGACUUCUUCCCUAUAACUCCGACUUCAGUCGAGUACUAUUCUCCAAUAUUCUAGCUGCUCUAAGUUCCGGUGGAUUGUUGAACACUGGUUCGUUUGCCGUUCCCCCGCCUCCACAGACAACUUCCGACUACCCAGUGUCAUCACUCCUUCCAGGUGGUAUGCCUCCGCCUGGAACUAAGAAUGGCCUGGCUGCAGACGCCUCCAGUGCAACCAAAAAGUCUGGAGGGAGUCCAAAGAAGACCUCGCAUGCGAUUCGCGACAUUCUCGGAGAUUCUUCCCCUGGGAGCGAUGGAGACGAGGAGGAGGAAGCUCUUGAAAAGAGCAAAAUGGACUACAGGUCCCAGUCGUCCCCUUCAACUUCACCCCCUACCGAGCAUCCGCUUCCGUCGAGCUACCUGAAGGCGGAAGCUAAAGGUAACGAGGAGCCACAGAGUCAACCGACGACACCAACACAAAAUGACACGGUCAAAAAGACUGCAGCGAAUUAUUCCGAAUUCGAAUACAAUCAACUCUUCCGUGGUGGUGCCCCAGCUCCAACGAAAAAUCUCCUUGAUAUUGAUGCACUCCAGUUCUUCACUUCCCUGCGUCAACACUGGCAGAGGGAGACAGUUUUGGAGUCAAUGAAAAUGGCCGCUUCCGUUGCUACCACCGUGGAUCCCAAACAGGCCCCUCUUCUUUGGCCGCCUACCCUACCGGUGACGGAUCUCGAAAUGGAUACCGUUUUCCAGCCAGGAGAACAGACUGGCCGACACAACUAUACCAAUGCCAGUCCCCCAUUAGGAAUGCCGUUCUCUGUAUGCCAGAAUGAAAUGGAUGCAACCUCCACCAAAACAGCCUUUUCGGUAGCCUCCGGACAUCCGAACACCUGUAGGGCUGCCAACCUAUCACCCACAACAGCCUACCUUUCGCAGAAGAGCCAUCCUCAUCAGAACGCCAGCUCUCCAAUCUCGAGUUUUCCAGGCCUCUGUAUGAAUUCAGGCUUCCCGUGGAUGAGACAUUCCGUGAUCCAACCGCUUCGGCGUAUAUCUCAGCUGAAGUACACGCCCAACCACAUGCAUCCGCUGAUGAUGAUGUCAGUAAACGGAAGCGAUUCGGCCGUUCCGUGUACCGUUGAUUGA